AUGAGAAAAGCACAGUCACAUAAGAAAAAAUUAGCUGAAAAUGUGGCUGACAUUCAAGAAAAACUAGAGAUAUUAAAAGCAAAAAAAAACUACAUUAAUGAUAUGUUAAAUGAAGCCUAUAGAAAAAAACCAAAUUUGGACUCAUUAACGAAACUAAAUUAUAUGGGCCUAAUAUCAUUUCUAGAGGAAGAAGUCAAUAAGAUAAAAAAUUGUGAACUGCAAAAGAACUUAAUAUCAUUGAUUCAAGCAAAUGAACAAUUGCUAGCUGAAAUUUUCAAGUUAAAGAGUCAAAUAUGCUUAAUAUCAAGUGUUAAAAAUAAAUCACAAAAUAAAAAAAUUGAAGAAAGUUUAAAACUAGGCAAAGAAAAAAAUAAAGAUCGAAUAGGAAAAAUAAUAAUCCACACUAAGAACCUGAAAAAAUUUAUCUCAAAAAAUUUUAUAGAGUUGGAAACCUACAUUGGGAACCAGAUUAAAGAUAAAACAAUAGAAUCAUUGGUGACUGAGGAAAUCAACCAAAAAAUGAAAGAGAUACAAGCUAAUUGGAAAAAAAAAGAAACUCACAUGAAAAAUAAUAACGAAAAUUCAAGAUUAAUGAGAGUGUCAUCAAUUGAAAAUGACAAAUGUAUUAAAAAUGAAGCUGUAUAUGUAGAGGAUUUAAAAAAAGUAGAAACAGAAGUAGAUUCCCUUACUUCUAAUCUAAAACAAGUUUUUAAAGUCGCAGCAAAAUCUUGCAAUAUAGAAAAAAUGAAAUAUAAGACCGAAAAGACAAACCUAGAUACGCAAAUUAAAAAUUUGAAAAAAAAUGAUGAUUAUAAAAAGUUAGAAAAUAUAUUAAGUGAUUUAAUAAGUGAAAAUAACAAAUUCGCAAAAAUAAAAUCUGAAAAAUAUAAAAUAAUAAAUCGUUGUGAAUUAAAUAUUUGUAGUUUUGAAUUUCUAAUUGAUCUGAAAAAAAAAAUAAAAAUUAAAGAAGAUCUAACUGAAUUAGAAAAGAUAAUUAAAGAACCCUAA